AUGGCCCGAGCAGAGACACGCAGCGCCCCUUUUCCACAGCCAGUGGCCUGCGAGCCGCCCAACCACAAGUUCAUGCGUACGGUUCAGUGCGGGGAGUCAGCACGUAAAUGCGACCCGUCCGCCUCUCACGGUUGGAACGGCGUCGCAGUGGCUCGUGUCUGGCGGGGCUCCAAUUUCACGGUGCCGUGUUCAAGUGGGAGCAUUCGCCGGCGCGUGGUGUGUUGCACGGAAGCCGCUGCCUCGGGAAGGUCGUGCAGGCCCCGGCACGCCAGCCUCAGCGCAGCGAAUGGGGAUUCAGUUAAUAAGAAGCAUGUCGAUCCUCGACUCGAUCUGGGCCCGCCCGGGUCGACCGCCCUCCGUGCGUUCCAGUUGCAUGGCCUGCUUGCCAUGUCCACGCUGCUCAACGGCGUCGUCGGCGACCACCACCAACGCCAUCGCCAUGGUGCGCGGGCCCCCGCCCCCAACAAGGCAUGCCACCCGCCCUCGACCAAGCUCCCGUUGAGCUCGACUUCGACCACUGCCCCGGCAUCCGAGAGCUCCGUGUCCACAGUUUGUCUCUUCGUCAGCUGCAUCUUCGUCGGCCACGUCGACACUCGCCUCGUCAACAGUGGCCUUGUCAACCUCGCCUACGGCAACUUCGUUGUCGACGAGCUCAACUACGUCGUCGUCGUCGUCUUCUUCGUCGUCGUCGUCAACCACGUCAACCACGACAUCUGCCGCUCCCUCGGCGUGGCCCCCUUUGCACCUGGCGGCUACAAGGUCUUCCGCAACGUCAAGGACUACGGCGCCGUCGGCGAUGGCGCCACCGAUGACACGGCCGCCAUCAACCGUGCUAUCAGCGAGGGCGAUCGCUGCGGCCCCGGCUGCGUGGGCAGCACCAAGACGCCCGGCCUGAUCUAUUUCCCCCCUGGUACCUACCUCAUCUCGUCUCCCAUCGUCGACUUCUACUACACCCAGCUGAUCGGCAACCCGAGCUGCCUGCCUGUGCUCAAGGCCACGUCGAGCUUCAAGGACAGGUGGCUUCUCGACGGCGACCAGUACGGCCCCAACGGCAAACUGGCCUGGGGGUCGACAAACGUCUUCUGGCGCCAGGUUGCCAACUUCGUCAUCGAUCUGACCAACGCCCCCUCUAACCUGCUGGUCGCCGGCAUCCACUGGCCCACGGCCCAGGCCACGUCGCUGUCCAACAUCGUCUUUAGGCUGUCCGAGGCGCCCGACACGCAGCACCAGGGCGUGUUCAUCGAAGAGGGCUCGGCCGGCUACGUCGGCGACCUCGUCUUCUACGGCGGAGCCCAGGCCCUCAGCAUCGGCAACCAGCAGUUCACCAUGCGCAACCUGACCAUCUACAACGCGCAGACGGCCAUCCAGCAGAUAUGGUCGUGGGGCUGGACGUACAUCGGCGUCAGCAUCAACAACUGCUCGGUGGGGUUCGACUUCUCCGCCACCGCCGUCGGCUCCAUCGUCAUCGUCGACAGCCACAUCAAGGACACCCCGGUUGGCGUCGUCUUCGGCCAGAGCAGCGCGCCCCCGCUGUCCAACAACUUUGCCUUCGAGAACGUCGGCCUCAAGAACGUGCCGGUUGCCAUCCAGGGCCCGUCGGGCACUGUCCUGGCCGGGUCGACUGGGGCGUCGACCAUUGCCGCGUGGGGCCGCGGCCACAAGUACACGUCCACGAGCGGGCCGACGAGCUUCGAGGGCGCCAUCGCGCCCAACUCGCGCACGCCCAGCCUCGUCGCCGGCGGGGACUACUACACCCGCUCCAAGCCACAGUACCAGAACGUGCCCCUGUCCGCCAUCGUCAGCGCGCGCGACGCCGGCGCCAAGGGCGACGGCUCCACCGACGACACGGCCGCGCUCAACGCGCUGUUCACCGCGGCCGCGGCCGCCGACAAGGUCGUCUUCCUCGACGCGGGCAUCUACAAGGUCUCCAGCACCAUCAAGAUCCCCACGGGGUCCCGCAUCUUCGGCGAAGCGUACCCGGUGAUCCUGUCGUCCGGCGCCUUCUUCCAGAACGCCAACAGCCCGAAGCCCGUGGUGCAGAUCGGCGCGGCCAGCGGCGCCGGCGGCAGCGUCGAGUGGUCCAACACCAUCGUCAGCACGCAGGGCGCGCAGCCGGGCGCGAUUCUAAUCGAGUUCAAUCUCGCCUCCGGCGGCGGCACGCCGUCGGGGCUCUGGGACGUGCACACGCGCGUCGGCGGGUUCGCGGGGACCAACCUGCAGCUCGCCAACUGCCCCAAGACACCGAGCGUAAUCGUCACCGCGGCCAACCUCAACCAGAACUGCGUCGCCGCGUUCAUGAGCAUGCACGUCACGGCCGGCGCCACGGGCCUGUACAUGGAGAACUGCUGGCUGUGGGUGGCGGACCACGACAUCGAGAAGGAGGCCAACAACCAGCAGAUCACCGUGUACGCGGGGCGCGGGCUGCUGGUCGAGAGCGUCGCCGGCCCCGUGUGGCUGUACGGCACCAGUGUCGAACACCACCAAAUGUACGAGUACCAGCUGGCCGGGACAAAGGCCGUGUUCAUGGGCCAGAUCCAGACCGAGACGGCCUACUACCAGAAGAACCCCGACGCGCGGCUGCCCUUCGCGCCCGCCGCCGCGUACCGCGACCCCGUGUUUCUGGCCGGCGACUCGGGCUGGGGCCUGCGUGUGGUUGACAGCGCGGAUGUGCUCGUCUACGGCGCGGGGGUGUACUCGUUCUUCGACAACUACAAUGUCAGCUGCAGCGACAUUGGCAGUGGCGCCGUGUGCCAGAAGCGCGAUGUCAGUAUCGAGCACAGUACGGUUUCCGUGUACAACCUCAACACGGUCGGCGCGACCAAGAUGAUCACUGUCGACGGCGUGGAUGUGGCUGACUACUCGGACAACAUUGACGACUUUAUCGCGUCCAUUGCGCUCUUUCGCUCCUGA